CUGCGCCCAAAACCUUAAUCUGAACUCAAUCGAAUUUAACCAAUCUUCCCCAAAAUUGCUCUUUUCUCCAUUUGGAACGAUCGAUACUUCGAAUUUGGGGAUGUCUUCGAAGAGUCCAGAAGGAUUUGCAGGUGGAAUUCGGAACAAUAGAAUCACCUGGGAAGGAUGUAGUGUCUUACUCGACAUCAAUGAUGGCGAUCGAGUGCUUUUUGCUCGGCUCACCGCUGGCUCGAAAAUCAAGUUAGGGAACAGUAAUUGCUCUCUACAGCCUUUGAUUGGAUGCCCUUUUGGAUCUUCUUUCGAAGUAGAAGUUGGCAAAGAUGGACCGUUUCUUAGCAGAGUUAACCCAUCUACAGAAGGUAAUAAUCCGGGGGAGAAAGGGGAUGGGCUAAUUGUGGAGGAGUGUAGAGAUAAUCGUGCCAUAGUUGAUAAUAACACAGCUCAGAAUCUCACUAGUGAGGACAUAGAUGAUAUGCGGAGGAAGGGAGCAACUGGUGAUGAAAUAGUCGAGGCCCUUAUUGCAAAUAGUGCAACAUUUGACAAGAAAACAGCAUUCUCACAGGAAAAAUAUCGAGUUAAAAAGCAAAAAAAAUAUGCACCCAGGUUACUUAUGCGGCGCCCAUAUACCCGAAGCAUUUGUGAAGCAUAUUUCAAAAAACAUGCUGAGAAGAUCGGGUUUUUACGUGUAGACACGCUGUCUCUUCUGCUUUCUUUGGCUAAUGUGACAGCACACUCAGAUGUAUUAGUUGUGGAUAUGCUUGAUGGUAUUAUUUCUGGUGCUGUGGCUGAGCGAUUGGGAGGAACUGGUUAUGUAUGUAAUACUUACUGUGGGACAGCUCCGUACCCUAUUAGUAUUGUUCGAAUGUACAAUUUCAGCGAUGAAACUUGCAAAAGGAUUGUCUAUGCUUCGCUCACUGAAUUACAGCCUUCAUGCUCCCAAACUUCAACAGCCACUGACGAGAUCAAAGAACAAGAAAAUAUCCUGCCCUCUUCUUCCGCUAUGGACAUGGAAACCAUGGAAGAAUGCUGCAAUGAAAACACAGAACCUGUAAACAAUGUAUCUGCUUCUCCAAAAUCUGGUAAAAGUAUCAAGGCUGGUGACAAGGCACCGGCGGAAGCUAUUAAAUCCUGGAAGGAAAAUGGCUUUUCAAGCUUGAUUGUUGCUGCGCCUGACGUUGAUGUUUGGGGCAUUGUGAAAGAACUCGUACCACUUUUGGCAUACUCUGCCCCAUUUGUCGUUUAUCACCAGUAUCUGCAGCCUCUAGCUUCGUGUAUGCACAAUCUACAGAUCGAGAAAAUGGCCAUUGGCUUGCAACUUUCGGAACCAUGGCUACGAGAAUAUCAGGUUCUUCCGUCAAGAACUCAUCCGCAUAUGCAGAUGAGCUCGUCCGGAGGUUAUUUAUUAAGCGGCAUUAGGAUAAGUGGCGAAAGUAGUGAAUCUUAAACUUAAACCAAUUGGAUUUCCUGAUAGUCUUUAACAAGGUAUCGAUUAGCUUGAGCUUAAUCAUUUAUAGAUCUUUAUAACAGAGUAUUGAUGGAGGAGACC